UUGUCAAACACUGAAAUUCACUCGGCCUCACACCUGAGCCAACUUCCUGAGCCCUAGUACAAAAUUGACAAGUAUUGCAGGUCCGUGUGUGGUAACGACAUGAAAGUGAUAUCCUUGGAGCGGCUGACUGAUGUGGGCAUUGCCCUGUGCCUGAUCCUGCUGACCUGCCUGAGCCUGCAGUUCGUAGCCCUGGUGAGGCAAAGGGGGCGAAAACGGACCGGAAUGGUGUGGGAUGGCUCGACCACGGUGGUCGAGUGCAGGGAGGAGGGCUGCCACAAGGAGCGCUCCUUCGACGACUACAUCGACAUCCUGUGGACCUUCUUCCUGAUCCUGGCCCUGUCCAAGCUGACCCAGUUCUCCGAGUGGUACUUCAGCCAGCGCCUGCUGAGGCGCAAGGACCACUGCAACGUCAGCACCCUGAACCGCGAGUGGGAGCAGACCCUGCAGCUGCACGAGCAGGACAAGCGGCAGCUGGGCGAGGAGGUGCAGCAGCUCACCGAGAAGAACCUGCACCUGGAGCUGAUGAUCAAGGACCUGCGCGACUGCAACAUCCAUCUGAUCAGCGAGAACUUCAUGCGCUCCGUGCUGAUGGAACAGAAGCAACAGCCCGUCCAGCCGAACAUCUACAUCACCAACAGCUACUACCACCUGACCCGUCAGGUCUUCAUUAACGACGCCCAUGUCGACCUCAAUACUCGCAAUGCCGGCGGCGAGGACCAGGAUCUCAGCCCGGUGGAGGCCCCCGAGAAGGGACUGAACGUCUGGAUGCAGUACCUCAAGAUGCGCAAGUGCUACAUGGGCCCCAUUGCCGAUCCCAGCUUGAUAGCCCCCACCAGCCCCGACCACCUGAUGCCCAUUGUAAUGACCACCGAGCAGUUGGCCAAGUUGCAGGGCAUAAUAUAGUUGAUUGUUACUUAAGUGCCCCCAGCAAUCUAUGAUCGAGUUGUGUUAAUCAAUAAAGAAAGCUCUAUUAAAAAUCAAUAAAAAGUAGAAAAAUCAAA